GCUAGCCAAAGAUUCCCGCGCUUCGUGCCAAUCCGUGCCUAGUCGGCGCGACUCGUGGCAGCAUGAGUCCGCGCAGCGAGUCCGCGCGAGUUUCCUACGAGAACAGUGUUUAUUCCACGCGGAACGCGGCACGGAGCGUGGAAUCGGCGAGGAAUCACUCGAAGGAACAGGUGUCGGUACGUGACUCCGGUUCUCCAGCCUUCCUCCCAGCGAAUCGUUCUCUCCACCCACCCGCGUCGUGCGACCGCAUUCGAUCUAGAGAUUCCACCUACCAAUAGAUCCCAAUCACGAGGCCUAGUUGCGCAAUCCGGCUGUUUUGAGGAACCAGAAGACACCUGCGAUAUCUUACUCCGAUUCUUCGCGAUACUUGGCCUCGGUGUCGCAGGUGCUCGUCGUUCGAGGUUCUAAUCUGUGAGAUAAAGGAGCUCGUUAUCUGUCGGAUCUCCGAAGUUCCGCGAAUCUUGGGCCGACCAGAGCAUCCGAAAAGGCCUGAACAGAGAUGACGUGGAAGAGGCAAGUGUUUCACGGAGAAUGACCGAUCAGUUGCAUCUCGCGAAUGACAUCCAACGCAUCUUCGAUACCGUGACGGAUUACCUCGUGGCACAAUCUCCGGGACACGCAGCAACGUCCUCGCUGGACGAGCUUGUAGAACGGGGACCGAGUCCAAGAUAAUUAUGCCGGAAAGUGCAACGUCAUCGGUAUAUUAGAAAAACAAAACGAAUGGACGAUGUGCUACCGGAGACUGCAACAUUAGAGAACGCAUGCCAAGGUUUCGUUUAUAGACGUGCUUGCUACGAACGAUAUGCACGUUAUGAUUCGUGCUCGACUCGAAGGAACGUUCUGGCCAGCCUACUUGGAUCAUAGAGACUACGCUUUAAAGCUCCAUGCGCCAUCAACUCGUCACCUACUCCAAAGGGAACUAGGAUGCAAGGCGCAGAAUUGGACUGCGUUUGAAGAUCAUCCAAAAUUUGAUUAAAACCUUGGAAGGAUUUUACGAAAGAAAAAGGAAAUUCAAAAUUAAAAAUGUCUCCGAACAAGGAACAAGUGCCGCCAACCGUGUACGAGGUGUUGGAGGAAAAGCAGAGGGAGAACGACUCGAAGAACAGGAGAUUGGCAGAAACAGAGGAUUUUCUGUCGGCUGAUGAGAGUUAUCGUAGCAGCAAGGCGGAAUUUGUACCGCGUAUCAGGUGGCCGGAUUUAGUAGCGCAAAUUUUUAUUCACGCAGGCUGCGUUUAUGGAAUCUACCUCAUCUUCGCGAAAGCUAAACUUCUGACCACGUUAUGGGCAUUCGCGACUAUAUACACUUCCGGCUUCGGCAUAACAGCAGGAGCUCAUAGGUUGUGGUCCCACAGGGCGUACAAAGCGAAAUGGCCCUUGCGAUUACUCCUAGUGUUCUUGUUCACCAUAACUGGACAAAAACACGUAUACGCGUGGGCGUUGGAUCACAGGGUGCACCAUAAAUACAGCGAAACCGACGCGGACCCCCAUAACGCGAAAAGGGGUUUCUUCUUCGCUCAUGUGGGCUGGCUCUUCACCACGCCGCACCCUGACGUCGUGGUGAAGCGGAAAGCAGUGGACAUGAGCGACUUGGAAGCUGACCCGAUCGUCAUGUGGCAGAAAAGAUUUUACAUUCCCCUGUUCGCUCUUCUGACAAUUGGACUUCCGGUCAUGGUGCCCUACUACUACUGGUCAGAGUCCCUUUGGACCUCCUUCUGGGUGAACUUCAACUUCCGCUUCUGCGUUACCCUCAACAUAGCCUUCUUCGUGAAUAGCGUUGCGCACAUGUGGGGUCAACGACCUUAUGACAAAUACAUCUCUCCGGUGGAAAACGUGGUGGUCUCGAUCGCGGCUCUAGGCGAGGGCUGGCACAACUUCCACCACGUGUUCCCGUGGGAUUAUAAGACGGGAGAGCUCGGCACCUACUCGUUCAACAUGACCACCGGUUUCAUCGACGCCUUCGCGCGAAUCGGUUGGGCCUACGAUCGCAAGUACGUGUCGCCAGCUAUGGUGCGACGAAGAGCGAACAGAUCUGGCGAUGGCAGCCAUGUUUGGGGUUACGGCGACGCCGACAUUCCACUGGAGGACCUCCAGGAGCUGAAGCUGAUGGACAGGAAGAAACAGUGACGAGAUUCCGCUAGUGACGACUCGUCGAUGCAGUGUUCCUUCAAUUUUCGUGGAAAUUAUUUUAACGAGGAUUCGCGAAUUAUUGGAUUUGCGGACUUGCAAUGGUGCCCGACGCGAAUUGCCCAUCAUCGUCACGCGAUUCUUCGUUCCGUGUGGUCCAGUGGACGUUGGGUUCAGGAAUUUUUCGAAAUUUCCCGCGAAUCUCGUUUGUCGUGGCAAUUUCGCGGAGCGAAUUUUGAAAAGUUUAUUCGGAGAGGAAUUCGUGGUAUUUUUGCAAGCUUCUGUGGCAGCCUGUGUGUCGAGAAUGAUUCGUAAAUCGAUAUUUGGGUUUAAAGGAAGCAAGGCGGAAUGUCUCUGCGAGCAUGAUGUACAAAAUCGUUUUUAUUUUUAAGUAGGCGAAUAAAUGUAUAUGUGCAUGUACGAUAUGAAUGUAUCUGUAUGCUGUUGCUUUCAUUUAUAGGAGUACGUUUGAGUUGUCCAUCGCAGAGAAUGUAGAUUCGAGACGUGCUUUCGAUCGAAGUCUAGUUACCAUAAUUAGAAAACGAUAGAAUAUUCGAAGAACGUUU